UCGAGUCUUCCGCUUCUGUGAUGAAAGCUGUUCGGGUCCCGCGAGGCACGUACUUCAAGCACGCGGUCGGCACGACUGGUCUCGACGAGCGCCAGCGCGGGGCGAUCAUGAGCUACAACGCUUCACUGACUCAGUGCCCGCAGCGCUCGUGCGGGAACUACCUCGAAGAUGGCCACGUCGGCGCGCACGUGCAGAUCAAAGGUCACAGCGGCAUGUGGAUUAUUCCUACUUGCAAAGACUGCAACACCGAGGCCAAGAACAUCGCGGACGUCAACGUGUACAACACCAACGAGUGGGUCGACUUGACGGCCGGAGUUAGUUGUCGCCUUGCGGUGCGAUUCGGAAUACUGAGCCGACGCUGGUCGCAGAGCUGGCAAGGACCCGGGGCCGUCAGCAGUCAGGCGGUGAUGCGCCUACUGUCCAUUUCUCUGCUAUACUUGAAACGAGGCUUCUGUUAGGGACCCGGCUUUUUCUUUGUUUCCCCGGGCGGGAGAAGUUCCUCUGUGGUUGGUUCUUGUGUUUGUUGUAAAAUUCUUGUGUCCAGACGA